AUUUUAACAAUAAAAAAACACAAAAACUGAGCAGUUGCGUUCCAUUUACAAAAAUGAAAUGAAGCGGCUGCCGCUUUAGCAGAAACAGGCUGAAGUCGCACCCCAACUCAACGCAGUUGCCCACCUCCGCCACAAACAAACUCCGUCCAGCUUGAGAGACUCCAAUCAGUAUAUCUUAACAGUAAAGAUGAGUUAUGCGACGUCUUUCCAAAACAAGGGUUUCAACUUUCACUAUUUUAAUCAUCAUAACAAUAAGGGGAGUUGUGUUUUUAGUUUAAGGGAAAAAAUCUAUACAUUGCACCAAAUUCCUUUCCGUGAUUAUAGAUGCUGCUCGUCUUGGAAAGGAUUGCGGUGUAGAACUGUUUUAAGUGAUAGAGUUGAUGAAGUUGAUCAUGAAGAUUGGGGCUUUGAAAGUAAUACUGGCAAAAGGGUAGAAUCUAGUGAACUAGUGCAUUUAGUCACGUCUCUCAACUCUUCAACUUUGUCAGCAGAGGGACAGUUUGUCAGAAACGGUGAAUUGACCAGCAAUAAGAUUCUUCAGAGUCUCUGCAGUAGAGGGAAGUUAACGGCUGCAGCAAGAUUGGUUGAGGUUAUGGCACGUAUGAGUCAAAUACCUCAUUUCCCUUCUUGCACAAAUUUGAUUCGAGGUUUAAUCAGAAUUGGUCAGGUAGACAAAGGUUGCAAAAUCAUGAAUAUGAUGGUUAUGUCUGGUGGUGUUCCUGAUACAAUUACGUUCAAUGCGGUUAUUGGAAGCCUUUGUAAAAGAGGCCAUUUAAAAUCUGCUCUUGAAUUUCUUGAAGGUAUGAGCUUAAGUGGUUGCUUACCAGAUGCAAAAACUUAUAAUACCAUAAUUCGUUGCAUAUUUGAUAAAGGAGAUCCAAAUUUGGCUGUUAGUUUUUGGAAGGAUCAGUUGAGAAAAGGGUUCCCUCCUUAUUUGAUUACCUACGCUUUGCUUGUUGAACUGGUUUGCAAACAUUGCGGGGCUUCUCGAGCCCUUGAAGUAUUGGAAGAUAUGGCAAGGGAAGGUUGUUGUCCCGAUAUCAAUAUGUACAAUUCUCUUGUAAAUUUUAGUUCUAAACAAGGAAAUUAUAAAGAUACUGCUUUGGUUAUUUCUAAUCUUCUAUCUCAUGGGAUGCAACCAAAUGUUGUGACAUAUAAUAUCCUCAUCCACUCUCUUAGUCUCCAUGGGUAUUCCGAUGUAGUUGAUGAUAUCUUGAAGAUUAUGAAUGAGACUUCCAUUUCACCUACACUUGUAACUUACAAUAUUUUGUUGAAUAGUUUAUGUAAAUCUGGAUUUCUAGAUCGUUCCAUAAGCUUAUACAUCAAAAUGGUUUCUGAGAAUUGUUCACCAGACAUUGUAACUUACAAUACUCUUCUUAAUGCUUUAUGUAAAGAAGGGUUUAUCGACGAGAGCAUUCAAUUACUUCACUCUUUGUCUGGUACUAACUGUUCUCCUGGAUUGGUGACUUAUAACAUAGUAAUCAAUGGGUUGGCUAGAAUGAGAUCUAUAAAAUCAGCAAAAGAAAUGUAUGGGGAAAUGGUGGAAAAAGGAAUUGAUCCUGAUUAUAUUACCCACCGUACUUUGGUAUGGGGUCUUUGCCAGGUAUAUCAAUUUGAAGAAGCAGUGGAGAUAUUCAAAGUGAUGCAUAGGAUAGGACAAAAGAUUAAAGGUUAUGCUUAUAAAUGUGUCAUCCUAGGACUGUGUGAGCAAAAGAAGCUUGAUAGUGCGAUUCAAGCUCUAGACUUGAUGGUAAAAGCUCAAUGCAAGCCAGAUGGGAAAAUAUAUUAUACUUUACUUAAGUCUGUUGCUAAUGAGGGUAUGGUAAACGAGGCUAAUGAUUUGCAUCAGAGGUUGAUCGAGUUGAAGAUUCUAAAAGACGGAUGUUUGAUAGUAGGAGCUCACACUUAGAUUGGCCAAACUCAAUACUUCUUCUGGCCAUGUACAAAUUAUAUAUUCCUUCCAGGAAAGCUUGUUUGGUUGGGUACUCACCUAUGUAUUGCAAUGUUCAAUAGUAUCAGGAAUCAGAACUUGGCUCUGGGUAAAAUUUUGACUAUGGAAGUUGACAUACAUGUCUUCAUUGCUGGUUAUUUGACUAUCUGUAAUGUCAAUUUAAUUUCCAUAUUUGCAGAUUCUUAAUUAACUCCGGUUUUGUAAGUUGACGUGUGUUGUUCUUAUGUUGGUUUUGGUAGUUCUAAGUUAUCUAUAUAUAGUAUAAUUUGUCCUCUUCUUACGUAA